AGACUAAAAUAUCUCACAUCUCAAUCUCAAAACAAAACCAUGAGAAGUAUGGCACAAACCCAAGUUCCAAUUGCAUUAACCUUUUCAGUAUUAAUAUUCCUCAUCUCCAUCUCCCAUGCAGCAAGGUCCACCCCUCCUCCUUCCAAACUGAAGGCUGUCAACCUUGGAGGAUGGCUUGUCACUGAGGGAUGGAUCAAACCUUCUCUCUUUGAUGCCAUUCCCAACAAUGAUCUACUGGAUGGCACACAAGUAGAGUUCAAGUCAGUUACACAAGGCAUGUAUCUUUGUGCAGAGAGUGGUGGAGGUACCAUCAUGGUUGCCAAUAGAACCAUUGCUUCAGGAUGGGAAACAUUUAAGUUAUGGAGAAUCACUUCAAAUGAGUUUAAUUUGAGAGUCUUCAAUGGAGAGUUCAUAGGGUUGGAGAGUAGUGGUGAUGCAGUGGCAGUUUCUAAUAGACCUGGUGAUACUGAGACUUUUGAGAUUGUUAGGAACUCUGGAGAUUCCAGCCGGGUUCGUAUCAAGGCUUCAAAUGGUCUUUUCUUGCAGGCGAAGACGGAGAUUUCGGUGACAGCUGACUACUUAGAAAACACAAACUGGGGAGAUGAUGAUCCAUCGGUGUUUUUGAUGACAAUAGUUGGUUCAAUGAGGGGAGAGUUUCAGAUCACCAAUGGUUAUGGAGCAGAGAAGGCCACGGCUGUUAUGCAGGAGCAUUGGAGAAGCUUUAUAGUGGAGGAUGACUUUAAGUUCAUGGCUGCAAGUGGGUUGGGUGGUGUUAGGAUUCCAGUUGGGUGGUGGAUGGCUAGUGAUCCUACCCCACCAUGGCCUUUUGUAGGAGGCUCUUUGCUAGCUUUGGACAAUGCUUUUAUUUGGGCAGAGAAGUAUAACCUCAAGGUGAUAAUUGAUCUCCAUGCUGCACCAGGUUCUCAGAAUGGAUUUGAGCACAGUGGAUCAAGGGAUGGUUCUACUGAAUGGGGCACCACUCAAGCCAACAUUGAUCAAACAGUUUCUGUUAUUGAAUUUUUAGCAGUCAGAUAUGCACGAAGAAAAUGUCUAUAUGCGAUAGAAUUGAUAAAUGAGCCGAGAGCACCGAGUGUCACUCUAGAGAGUUUGAAAAACUACUACAAAGCCGGCUACAAUGCCGUGCGGAGGCACACUACUGUUGCCUAUGUGAUCAUGUCGGCCCGGUUAUCGGCCGAUGAGACCGAGCUCCUUCAGUUUGCCAGUGGAUUUUAUGGUGCCGUCAUCGACGUCCAUUACUACAAUCUGUACUCAAACAUCUUCGACAACUUAUCAGUACAACAAAACAUCGACUUUGUGAACAAUAACAGAUCUAGACAAGUGAACACGUUAACCACCUCCAACGGCCCCCUUGUAUUAAUAGGGGAAUGGGUGGCAGAGUGGCAAGUGAAUGGGGCUAGCAAAGAAGAUUACCAAAGGUUUGCAAAGGCUCAAUUGGAGGUGUACGGCAGAGCAAGCUUUGGAUGGGCUUAUUGGACAUGGAAGAAUGUUAAUCAACAUUGGAGUUUAGAGUGGAUGAUCAAGAAUGGUUAUAUUUCAUUGAUUUAGAUCCAAUUUCCUAAUCUUAUAUAUAUACCCUUCUGUUUCUCCAUAAUAAUUAAUCAAACUGUCAAACUUUGAUGGAAAGAUUGUAUAAUGAGAAAGUGUUCUUAUGGAAUGCAUGAGUAACAAAAGUUCACCCACUUUUACAAGUUAUUUGGCUCUCUGAUUUUUUCCCCAUAGAUUUCAGAAA